CUCUCUCUGUGCAGUGGAUGGCUGCCCUCUGGACGACGCGAGUGAUUUGUUUUUCUUGCUUUUUUCUGCUUCUCGUCAGCCUUUCGGCUCCGACGCAAGGAGAGAGUGUGCGUUCUUCAUCGACCCCAGUGAGUCUCGCGCCGCGGCCGCUCUUCCGGAAUCCGGAUCUCCUCCGCGCUUCCGCUUCGCCUCCUGUGGAGACUCUUCGAGUUUCUCGUCUUUGCACUCCCACAACCACCGCCAAUUUGCUCCUCUCCGCUCGCUGCUUUUCUCCCCGCUGCGCUUCACCUCGACUGUCCUUCCCCCUUGCCUCGCUUCCCUCCUCUCUUGCAUCCCUAACAACGCCUUCGCGUCCUCUCCUCCGUUCCUUGCAGUCCUCUUCUUCGCGACCUCGACUGUGUCCUUCUUCUUCGCUCAGCGCUCGCCUUUCAGACUGCCUUCUUCUCCCGCUUCUUCUUCCGCGUCCAGCGAGGAAGGGUGACGCAUGCGUCGCUCCUGUCACGAAGCCCACAACCAGGGAGGCCAUGCGUUUGUUCUCUCCCUUUCCUCGACUUCCACGUCUUCGUUCGGUUUGCGGAUCUGAGUCGUUUGCCUUUUUUUGCUCUCUCUGUGUCUCUCCUUCUCUGUUCUCUCCGCCUCCGUUUCGCGCUUUCGUCGCACCAUUCUCGCCUCUCUCUCCCGCGGCUUCGCCUUCGUCUUCACCGUUUUUCUCCGGAGUGCAGACGCAGAAAAUGACGUCGAAACCGGAGUCUCCUCAGCGCUGCUUGGGGCGCCCAGCCCCAGCAGACCUGCCGCUCGGCCUCGAUCCCUUCUGUUAUCGACAGUUCGACGACCCCGCCUACGGAGGCUCUCGGAUCUCGGGCGUCACGAAAGAAGAGUUUCUCGAGAAGGUUAAUGAGCUGGUCACCCGCGACGCCGGGAUUGAAUUCUUUCAAGGAUAUGCGCCUUUCUGUCGGCAUCUGUACAUCCCCAACUUCGUCGGAGCGCUGCCCGGCUCCCUUCCGAUCACCGCCGAUAACGAGCACCUUCUCCGGUCCGGUUACAUUGCGCGUCGGCCGAACGAGUUGCCUGUUCUCACUCGCUGGUUUCCGAUGAGCUAUGCGAAAGACGCGCUCAUGCCUGCAGCCUUUCUCGAUUUGAUUCUCUACUCCCGCGAACAGAUCGCGAAGGAAACAGCAGCUGAAAGCAACACAGCAGUUGUCAUCGACCCCAACGCGCCAGCGUGGUCGAUCAUCGCGGUGAAGGCGCAGAACGAAAAGUACUCCCUUCCGAUGGCUCCGAUUACAAUGCUCAGAAACACUCUCAUUGAGGAGGGCGGGAGCGGCGUAGCGCUGGACCGCGAGGCCUACAAGGCCUCUGUGGCGUACUGGAAAACGCAUGCAAUCGUGAUGGACAAAGAGUCGUCCCUGGAGUAGUUCCUGACCAUUCGCGCCAUCCGAGUCGAGAGGCCGAAGCGCCGCGAGUGGCGAAACAGGCAGAAGAAAGGAAGCGAAAAGGACAGCGGGAGGCCAACAGUGGAUGGCGGAGAGAGACGCGCGAAAGGGAGACUUGGAGAGACGACAGGAAAAGGGAGAGAGAAAGAGGCAGGGAGAGAGACGAAGAGAUAUGGAGGGAGAGAACCGAGACAGACAGAGGGAGAGAGAGGAAGAAAGUGACGACAAAGGAGAGAGAAAGAAGAAGAGAGGCAAAGAGAGGGAGAAAUAGGGAGAAGAGAGGAAGGGAGAGAAGAGAGAAACGGAGAGUACGAGAGAGAGAGAGAAGAGAGACAUAGAUAAAGAGAGAGAGGAAGGGAAGGAGAGAAAGCAGGUCAAACAGAGAUGCUUUCUACGACGAAAGAGAAGACGAUGGAGUUUUCGCAUUCGGGGAGAGACGGAGGGCGAAGAGCGAAACGCAAACGAAAUGCACAAAGAUCAAGCGUGAGACGCCUCAGCCUUGCGCGAAGAAAAAAGAAGAAACUCUUGCGGAGUUUCGGAAACAACAGUCGAGACUCUGCUGCUCUUGAACACCAGGUUCGAAGCGCUUUCGCUGUGAAGUUCAGCUUUUAAGAUGCGGCUGUUUUGGGAGCGAAUCACAGGGAUGAACGGACCAUUCACAGGCGACGCAGACUGUUGCCUCCUGUGCUCAGGUGUACGUAAACGCCCCCAGGGAGACCUGAACUGCAUGCAUAUCUUUCCC